AACCAUGCGGUGCCCAGGCGACAUUUGCAUAACCCAUUGAGUCGCCAACGCGUGCAGACUUCUACUACUACGAGCUGAGAGUUCGGAUUCACGCGGAUUACUUCAGGUGAAAGCGAAAAGGAUGAAGAGCUACGCUUUCUUAAUCGCCGCUGUGACGGCGCUGUCCGCCGCCGCCCAGGGAGCGACCACCCAAACCCAAGCGCCACGGACGCCGCAGUCUGCCACCCAGCUGGCUCUGGACAUGUACCACGGCUGCCUCAAGGACCUGAGCGUGUCUUGUGUGCGUCCCAAGGCGAUGCGGUGGUUCAAUGUAGCUUUGCAGCAGCCGGAAGUCAGACUAACUGACCGUCUGUCGAUUGUUCGCACCACGGAAAAGUCGGAAUCGACCUCAUCCCGCUCUCUCAAUGCCGAGGAGCAAAUGUUCGAUGAUAUCGAUGGCUAUCUGGGCAGUCAUGCCUUGAGAAUCCAAGCACCAGAGUACUUCCGCAGUUCCGAGGCCCGUGCGUUGGUACCCGACUUUCUGCUGCAGAAUGCCCUUACUCAGGGCGGAGUAGUGCCUCUGGCAGCCGCCAACGAGGGUCGUGGUAUGAUCCGCAAGGCCAUAUUGCCUUUCCUACUCGGUCUGAAGCUGAAGACAACUGUUUUGGUGCCCCUGGCCCUGGGUCUGAUUGCUUUGAAGACGUGGAAGGCGAUGACUUUGGGUCUACUCUCGUUGGUUUUGUCCGGUGCUUUGGUUAUAUUCAAGAUUGCCAAGCCCAAGAUCGUCAACUACGAGGUGGUGCACUAUCCAAACCACCACCAUGUCGAACAUGUGGUUCCCCACCACAUUGAGCAUGUGGUACCACACCACAUCGAACAUGUGGUUCCACAUCACAUUGAGCACAUUGUACCCCAUCACAUUGACCAUCAUCUGGAUCACCAUAUCGAUCAUCAUGUGGAUCUGCCUGUGGAGCAUAUCGAGCAUUUGGAGCAUCCGUCGCCCGCUUGGGACCCGCACGCUUGGGCCCGCUCCUCUCAGGAGCCACAGGAUGCUCAGGACCUUGCCUACGCGGGUCAGAAAUAAUACUGAGAGAUCCCGAAACCCAAAAUUCGAAUUCAAAAAUAUUUAUUUGCUCUAAUUUAAGUAGUUGAAACGCGAGGGGAGCUUGGCGUUUGGUUUAAUUUAUUUAUUUAUUGAAAAAUGUACAAAACCAAGCUAAAAAAAAAAGGAAGAAAGCCCAAGGCCAAGUAAUUUGCUCUUUUAUCCUUUUGUGUAAAUACUUCUGCAAUAAAAACCAUGCGAAAAUGA